GUGAACACAAAUUUGCUGCCGGGGACCAUAGAGACUGAGGAAAUCUACAUGAACCAGAAGGUCAAGAUGCAGGCGGUAGCCUUCAAAGACAAGAGACGGGGAUCCUCGGGCAAUAAAGAAGCUGCAGAUGACCCUAACUAUGAGAAUAUCACCUUUACCUUCAAAAACCAGGACCAGCCAAAGGGCAGUCAUUCACCACCCAAGAAUAAGGUGCCAGCCGAGUCCAGGCCACCCUCGGACACUGCCCAGGAACACCACUGGUUGCCUAAAGCCAUGAUGAGUCUGAACACCUUCUUGACUCUGUCCUGCGUGGUCCUCUUAGCAUUGGUCCUGGUGAAGAAUUUCGAGAUGUCCAGGGAGCUGGUGGUCUUGAAAGAGGUGCUCUGGAACGUCUCCAUUUCGGUGCAAGAGUACCAAGGAGAGCAGAAGACUCAGUGGGCCACUGUGAAGCAGAACAUCACGGCAGCCAAACAGAGCCUGAACACAAUCAAGGGGAGCAUCCAAGAUGGGAACCCGAAACGGAGGCAGCUGGCUACAGUCCAAAACAUAGACGAAGUCAAGAAAACAUUACAGGAAAUCCUCAAUAUGCUGAAGAUGCCAAAACCAAGUCCCACACCUUAAUGUGUGAGAAGAUCUCACAGCCCUAGCUGCACCGUGGAGGAAAGACAGCACUUCUCAGUGAAGAUGGAACAUGGGGACCCACGCUGGUCUGAAGCUGCCCUUCAUCCCACAUGUAGAAAAUCACAUGUCUUGCGAAUGAGUGUUGUGGCGUUGCAUGUGUGCACGUGCGUGCGUGUGUCAGGGUAAGCUCUUCAAGGAGGGUGGGUAUUUCAAUGUGUCCCACAAGAAGAUGUUAUGGGUGAGUGUUGAUGGUGAGUGUGGUGUGCUCCCGGGUCACUCACUGUACAUGGGCACACACGUGUGGGCUGUGGCGUGGCGUGAGUGUAAUUCAUGUCACCAUGUGCGGCUGUGGGGGCCACAGAGGCAUGUCACUCUAGGUGUGGGUGUCGGUGACAUGUGUUGCAGGCGCCCAUUUCACCGUCAGCAUAAGCACAAGCCUGUGUCCUGCUGGGUGUUGUGUGACGGAGGUGUGAGGGGAUGGGGCGGUGGGUACGCUGUGGGAAGGUAUCACUGUAAUUGUGGGUGAGUGUCCUGUCACGCUAUGCCGGUGUGAACAGGUGCGUGUCAACACGAGUGUGCCUGAUGACGCCGCCGAGGGUGUUCAGAGCAGUACCCGCAUGUGUCCACUUGUUUCUGUACUCACAUUCUGUGAUUCAUGAUGAUAAAGAUCGAAGGGAAACCA